ACGCAAAGGGGCCGGCUCGCCAACCCGAAGGCCUCCCAGUUCUGAAUGAGAAUGAGCGAAGGUCCCAGGACACCCCAGGCCUUGACGAGCUCACUGGUCCUGAGCGCCCGACCUCCACCGCCUAGGCUUCUCCGCGGACAGCUUCGGCAUGACCCCGCCCCGAAGCCGAAAGAGGGCGGGGCUUUAGAGUGGGAGUGGAAUCGAGAGGAAGAGCACACAUCGGACCUAGUAGCUACUGACAUCAUGGGCCUGAGUGUCUUGUGUCUGGGCCUUGCCCUGCUUGGGGUCUUGCAGAGCCAGGCCCAGGACUCAGCUCAGAACUUGAUCCCUGCCCCAUCUCUGCUCAGUGUCCCCCUGCAGCCAGGCUUCCGGGCCGAUCAGUUCCGGGGCAGGUGGUAUGUUGUGGGCCUGGCAGGCAAUGCGGUCCAGAAAGAAAACAAAGGCCGCUUUACGUUGAUGUACAGCACCACCUACGAGCUGCAAGAGAACAACAGCUACAACGUCACCUCCAUCCUGGUCAGGGACCAGGGCUGUCGCUACUGGAUCAGAACAUUUGUUCCAAGCUCCAGGGCUGGCCAGUUCACCCUGGGAAAUAUUCAAGGGUAUCCUCAGAUACAGAGCUACGAUGUGCAAGUGGCCGCCACUGACUACAAGCAGUUCGCCAUGGUAUUUUUCCGGAAGACUUCUGAAAACAAGCAAUACUUCAAAAUUACCCUGUAUGGAAGAACCAAGGAGCUGUCCCCUGAGCUGAAGGAACGUUUCGUCCGCUUUGCCAAGUCUCUGGGCCUCCAGGAUGACAACAUCAUUUUCUCUGUCCCCACCGACCAGUGCAUUGACAACUGAACAGGCGGUGAGCGUGGCUGACUGGGAUACGCAGAGGCCUGAUGGUGCUGCCUGUCUGUCUGCCGCUCCAUCUUUUCUGUUGCUAGAGGACUACCUGGCUGCCCCACCAGCCACGAUACCAACAAGCAUCUGAUGCCUCUUCUUAUUUGGUCAGCACUCCCCAUCCAUCUGUCUCAAUGCCACCAAUGGCUCCCCCUUUCUGCUGAAUAAACAAGUCCCCACUUCUCA